AUGUAUUUCCAUCUAGCAAAUACCAAAAAUUAUGAAAAUUAUGAUGAAAUACCAGAAGCAUAUUAUGAAAGAAGCGGAUCAGUAGAUUCAGAAAGCAAUGAAGUGUAUAACGUUAGUAUAAAAGAAAGACCAAUUAGAGAGAGGAAUACAGAACUAAAAAGCAAUUUUUUUAAUGGUAUCAAAACGAUUGAUAAAUCUCCCAGUCUUUACGCUAACUCUAAACAAUCCAGCACUUCUAGGCUCAAGGACAAUCGAAAGUGCACGCAGACACAUGUUUCUGAUUAUCCUUAUUCGGUCUCUAUCUUGAAAAAAGGUGCUCAUUAUGUUUCCGGUGCUUUAAUACAUAAAGAAUGGAUUAUCACUGUUGCUGAGGAAUUUUAUAACAUAAGAGAAACUAUCAAGUUAUUUCGGGCUCGACUAGGAUCGGUGAACUGCAAGAAAGGUGGUGCUCUAGUCCCUUUGAAAAAAAUUGAAAUUCAUCCAUCAUAUGUCUAUAACCAGCCUGGUUUUGACUUAGCUAUGCUUAGAAUUGGACAAGUUUUACAAUGUUCAAACUAUAUAAGACCGAUAACUUUAUCAAUAGUCAAAGGGCCGAUUGCUAAUGCAAAAUUUUUGUCGACGUAUUGGCCGAGAUUAAUGGUCAAUGGAAAAGUCUUGCCCCAAACUGCAAAAGAGCGCAUGAAACCGCAUAGCAUGCGAGUAUCAACCCAGAAGUUGAUACCUUGGGACAAGUGCUACGAUAUUAUACAAACGUAUAAUUUAACGUUAGACUCGUCAAGCCUAUGUUUGGAGCCCAUAAUGUCUCAUCACAGCCCGUGCAUGCCUGAUGUUGGAGCUCCUGUAAUCGCUGAUGAUGGUCUUUGGGGCAUCACUUCCGGUUGGAUAUCAGAUGACUGUGCGACAUAUCCCAGUCCGACUAUUUUUACUAGAAUUUCCUUAGAACCUACGACAUCUUGGUUAGAUACAUUACUAGAUGAGGAUACAAAAUAA